GGGCUGUCAUGCGGCACCUGGGCAUUGACUCAUCUUCAGACAGGUGUGAAGCACAGCAGGACAGAGGGAUUGUUGUCAUCAUCCAUGGGCCACCCCAGACAGGAAAGACAGAGGUAGCAGCAGCCUUGUGUCACUAUUACGACGCUGCGCACUUGUCCAUUGACACCGUGGUGAAAGAGGCCAUUGCCAAUGACCAGAGCAAAGCAGGGUGCUGUGCCCGGGAGCUUUGCACCAACGCUGCCAUGGAGCUGAAAAGCGAAGAUGAAGGAAUAAAGUCUCAGCUCACUGAUCAGAACAAGAAUAAACUAGCCUCUGGGGAAAAAAACAAGAAUGCCAAAGGCAAGUCUCCUUCAGCACAAAAGAGGAAGGAGCCAGCCAGCAAACCCGACAAAAAGUUCACAGUUUCCACUGCUCCUGCGCCGCAGCAGCUGAACAUCAUCAGCAGUCGUAGGGAAGAGCUGAACUGCUUGAGCUGUGUGCUGCCCGAGGACCUGCUGGUGGACAUCCUCUGUGAGAGGCUGAAGCGUGAAGACUGCUACAAGGGAGUGGUCUUUGAUGGCUUGGAGAGCCUCUUUGCAAGCCGCCUGGAAUCUUCUCUGCUCUGUGUAUUCAAAGCUGUCAAGAAUCGUCAUCAUAUCUACAUGGUGAACCUGCAUCAGGAUUGUGCUUCUUGGAUAACUAAGGAAGAAAAUGAAAGAAAGAAGAGGGAAGCUAAAAGAGAGGAGGAAGGGCUGCAGUGGAAAAAAGUUUUUCAGAGAAAUGUGGGACAUAUCUUGAAAAUGGAUGAUGAUAAGUAUUAUGCCCUCCCUGAGGAGAAGAAAGCUCUAGUGGAUAAAAUAAUCCAGGGAAGGAAGCAUCUACGGAGUGAGAGUCUUCAGCUGAAAACAAAGGUCAGAAGACCAAUAAGCCUCAGGAAAAGGCGGAGAAGAAGCCUGAACAAAAAAGUGGAGGCCAAAGGAGUCUUCAAUCAUCUCAGCUAGAGACACAAAGUGAAGUUGCAGAAGAAGGAGUCAGAGACAAGCAUGUCAAGGUGCCGUGCUUGGACAUCCAGGUCACAGAUCCGAAGGCCAUGUUUAGCGAGAUCCUGAGGGAUGGGAGGCUGCCAACGAAAGACGAGAUGCUGAGAUAUCUGGGACUGCAUCCCGAAGGGCCUCCCCUUCCCCCUGCUGCUGUCUUCUCUGUAGUCAGCUACCCAGAGGAGCGGUUGGGCUCUGCAGAGCAUGUGAAGCCCUUCACCGUUGCUG